AUCGUUUACAUCACUACUUUGAUCUCUGCGUUGCGAGUUGCGACUGCAUGUGCAUUCGAAUGCAAUGCAAAAUAUAUUUAUGAUAAACACCGUUUUUACACCAAUUUUGAUAUUGAAUUAUUGUACUGUGCUUUCUGAAAUGUGUUCAUAGUGACAACAAGUGUUAUAUUUGUGCGUUAUUUUCGUAUAAAUCAUUAGAAAUGGCUACCGUUUUCGACAGUCCAUUCAUACGACAACGCUUACAUCGUUUACGGAAUCGGGAUUUUGAUUUGGAUGAGGAUCAAAGAUUUGGCAGAUGCGACUGUACCAGCUACUCCUACUUCGUACUCUCAAUGGUGUUGUUUUCUGUUGGUACUGUUAUAACAGUGCUAGCCUUGGGAGACGCCGAUGGAUAUAUCCUUAGCAAUCUAGGACACAUGUGGCUCGUCGGACCAAUAUUUAUUUGCUCAGGAAUGAUGGUCGCCGUGAAAAGUAUGCUCUACUUGCGCAGAAAGAGUAUAAUCCAAAUGCUUUUGCAUCAGAGAGCGAUUAUUAGGGAUAUGGCGACUGCGCAGGCUGAACAGGCUUACAGUGGACAAGUGCCGAGGACCGCAUCCAGUGCCACAUUACCUCCAUCCUACGAGGCCUUAAUAACAAAUGACACAACAACUAAACCACAGCCAUCCAGCUCCGAACCACCACCCCCCACUUAUGACGAGGCUAUGUACCUUUUUGGCGAUGAAAAAAACACUUUGGAUAAUAAAAACAGUAAACAAGAAACUAGCAACCAAAACAAUUCGGACACCGAAAACAAACCGUGAAAACUUUAUUUUACUAGAUGUGUAAGGAAAUAACUUAAUUCUUCCUUUUGUACUUAUAUUUUACAUUGUAGGAUUGUUCAUAUCUCAUAUGUGCCUGUAAUAUUGACUUGUUGGCAAUAUUAUUAUAAAGUGUCUUUAAUUUACAUGUAUAAGGAUGUAGUUUGUAAGAUAUAUUUGAAAGAAGCAGUGUACUUCUACUGAUAUGUAGAUAUGUCCUUAGUCAUAUUAUUAUAAGUUCAUUCAUGACAGUUUAAAGUUUUAGUGUUCUGAGUGAACCAACAGCAUAAAACUAAUUCACUUAGUAUUACUAAAAUUAUAUAUUUAAUUAUUUUUAUUGUUAGGUAUAUAAAAAAAAGGUUUUGUUCAUAAGUGACUUUGCACUCACUCCACUAAGAUUUCAAUCUCAAGUAAGAUUGUUUAUGCAUGUAAAUUAAUUGUUUUUGCAUUUCAAACGUUUAUAAAUUAUAUUGUUUAUAAUUAAAUGGUCUAUGAUGCAUUUUGGUUUAAACCUUGAUAGAUAAUGUGUAAAGUACACGCCUAUAGUACACAAGGUAAUGUUUAAUGUACACUUAUCUGUGUUACAUUAUCUUAAAUGAGAUAGGUUCCUAUUUGUUCUUAAUAAUCUCAUUUUAUUAGGUCACUAAAUCACAGUUCUUAAGUCUUGAGACCCCAUAUAAUAUGAGAAGGCCAGGUGGAUCAAUUAUAGGCCAUAAUGACUGGACAUGUUUUGGCAUUUCUGUGUGUGUCAGUGUGUAAGAGUCUAGUGAGGUCAGCCUGCAAUCAGUUUGACCGCAUUGAUCGGCCUUCUCAUAUAUUGUCCAAACCAUGAGAUAAGUCACAAAGUCUCAUAAACAUUUUGACAUUUUCAAAUGAAGAUUUGUAACUUGUCUUGUGGUUUUUUGGUCCAUAAUUGAAACAAACUUGUACAUGACCUAAAUACAAACUUACUGUUAAGAAGACUGAGACAAGUGUUUUCUUUGUUGAUA